AUGCCUUGGCAACUCCAAUUGACCUUGGUACUAGCUUUGUGUCUUACUUCAACCCAGGCCUGGCCAGCAUACCAUUUUGUCAAGAGACAGUCUUCCGAAAAUCCACCGGGGCAGUCACAGGAUCCGACAUUCGAGGAAGAGUAUGAUUUUGUCAUCGCUGGAGGCGGCACCGCCGGCUUGACACUCGCCAACCGGCUGACGGAAUCGGGCAGAUUCUCAGUGCUCUGCCUAGAAGCAGGCUUCAAUCCUGAAGUAGUCGAGGCAUAUUCUACUCCAGGUGGAAACCAAUUCCUUAAAGGCAGCGCAGUCGACUGGGGGUUCGUCACUACGCCACAGGAACACCUUGGCGGGCGUACCCUACAGUAUCUGCGUGGAAAGGCGCUUGGAGGCUCAAGCGUUACGAACGGUUUGUAUUAUGCUCGCGGAUCUUCCCAAGUGUACGAUCGCUGGGUUGAUUUGGGGAACCCUGGGUGGGGUUGGGAGGACGUGUAUCCACUCUUUCGUAAAUCCACGAAGCUUAAUCCGCCAAACUCGCCACAACUGUCCGAGUUCAGCCAGGCGUACAAGACCUGGGACGAAUCCGCGUACGGUGGUGGGCCUCUGGAGCUGGGCUUUCAAGGAUACGUGACAGAUUCUACUAAUGACUUCGUGAUCGCCUGCUCCGAAGCAAUUGAUAUCCCGAUCGUCAACGAUCUGAACCUUGGUGUUGGUCAAGGUGUCAAAUUGGGUACUACAACCACUAAUUCGGUCCUCCGGAGAUCGUCCAGUUACGACAGCUUCUAUCAGCAAGCACGGAACCGCACCAAUCUGCGUGUUCUAUACAAUGCGCCGGUGACUGGAAUUGCCUUCAGCAGCGUUGAAAGUGGAAACACGACAUCAGCCGGGAAUGCUACUACCGGGACCAGGCCCAGAGCGAUUGGAAUCAGCUACAUCGAACAAUCCACAGGUUUUGUAAGGCAGACACGAGCACGCAAGGAGGUGAUUGUCAGCAUGGGCGCGUUUCACACGCCUCAGCUGUUGAUGGUCUCGGGUGUAGGUCCGGCUGCAGAGUUGGAGAGGGUCGGUGUGCAACCAGUGCAUAUCAACGAGAAUGUAGGUCAACACCUGGAUGACCAUUCAGUGUUCUCGAUAAUGGCUCGCGCAAACCCAAAUUCUUCGACAACUAGCAUGUCGUCUACUCCAGAUAAUCUCCAGGCCGCCCAGGCUGAGUUUUUCGAUAACUUGACUGGCCCCUACACAGCACCCUCUGGUGUGACCAACGGUUUCAAGAAGCUUUCGGUCGAGGAACUCCAAUCCAUUGGAGCUGGAGCUGUCAUAGAAGCCGGAUUGGCAAAUCAAUCGCACAUCGAGUUCCUAUUCGAGACGGUUUGGUACCCUUGGAUCCCAACGCCGUACUACGUAGCGCUGCCAAACGAGUCAUACAUCAGUAUAACUGCGAGUUCGAUGGUGCAGCUCAGCCGUGGAAAUAUAACGCUCCGGUCAAGUUCGAUGAGCGAUGCGCCCUUGAUCAAUCCCAACUAUUACGCCGACGAGACGGAUGGUAUCAUGGGCGUACAUUCUUUCCGUUAUCUUCGUGAAAUCCUCCGCCAUCCAUCUCUUGCCCAACAUACUAUCGGUGAUAAUGUGGGCGAAGUUUCCCCAGGGCCCGAGGUUGCCGACGACGAUGAUGAGGCCAUUCUGCAGUAUAUCAAGAAUAACACAAUGCCGAAUUGGCAUGCUUCGGGAACGGCCCGAAUGCGGCCCGAAGCAGAUGGCGGUGUUGUCGAUCCACGUCUUAAAGUUUACGGGGUUGAUGGACUUCGUGUGAUUGACUGCUCCAUAAUACCAGUCUUGCCCGAUGCGAACAUUUUGGCUUCCGUCUACAUGAUAGCAGAGAAAGGCGCAGAAAUGAUAAAGGAAGACUGGGAAGAUGCAGAUUAUGAGCAGAAGAGGAAGUGA